AUGGCAAUUGCAGCAACAGCCCUCACCUUUGUCCAUCUCUGGACAGAGGGCCUGGUCAUUCUUCUACCCGCUGUAAUUGUGCUACGAUGCAUCCAUCUUCUGUACUUCCACUCUCUAUCCAAAAUCCCAGGACCCAAAAUUGCAGCUUGCACUUCACUCUGGCUGGCAUACCACACCUAUGUUGGCGACGAGAGCAGCGUCAUCUUCGACCUACACAAGAAAUACGGCCCAGCUCUCCGCAUUGCACCUAAUGAUGUGGACUUUGACGACGGCGAUGCUGUAGAACCCAUCUACGUCGCAGGAGGCGGCUUUCCCAAGACACCGCAAUACUCCAAAUUCGACAUUGACGGUCACACAACCAUCUUCUCAACCUUGACUCUACCGGAGCGUGCACAGCGCGCAAAAGCCGUGGCGCCGCUUUUUUCGACAGCGUCAAUUCGCAAUGCCAGUGGAACCCUUGACAAGGUCGUGGAUGAUUUUGUGAAUCGAGUGCGCACCGAGGGCAAGACCGGCAAGCCUGUGAAUGUGCUCAAUGCCGCGAGGGGUAUGGCCAUUGAUGCUAUUAGCGCAUAUCUGUUUCAGCAGCGGUAUGGAGCAGUGACGGAGCAGACGUCGACCAUGUCUGCAUCGCCCUUUGUAGAUGCCUAUGUCGGCGUGGGUGCUUUCUUUAAUCUCCUUCCUGGCAAGAUCGGAGACCUGAUCCAGACUAUGGCCGAUUACUGGUGCGCGGAUGCAAAGACAAACGCGGCUUUUGGACUUAUUAAUAGCUUCACGCAGAAUCUGGUAAAUACUUCCGUGCCCAAGAGCGGCAGCUACCAGAGCCGAUUGUUGGAACAGGUGUCGCCGGAACAGUCACGGAUUGAAUUAAAGGAUGUCUGCUUUGCGGGGACGGAUUCGACAAGUACGAACACUGCAUCCAUUAUAUGGUUUUUGGCCAAAUACCCUGAAGUUUAUGACCGCCUAUGUGAGGAAGUCCAGCAGAGAACCGCUCAAAAUGAAGACCCAAGCACAGGCCCCUAUCUACGUGGCGUUGUCCGCGAAGGACUUCGACUCUCCUGGGCUAAUCCAACUCGCCUACCUCGUCAAGUACCCAAGGGUGGUUGGCACUUCAAGGAUCACUUCUACCCUGAAGGAACAAGUGUUGGCGCCGCAGCUACCCAACUCCACCAAGAUGAAGCAGUAUUCCCCGACUCACAAGCAUUCAACCCAGAGCGAUGGGAGAAUCCCACCGAGGCAAUGCUUACUCACUUCUUCGCUUUUGGAAAGGGUACCAGGACGUGCAUAGCCAAGAACCUAGCUAUGGCUGAACUUACUCUGGCGACGUUGAAAGUGGCUCAAACUGAAAUGCUCCGUGGUGCCGAGAUUGUUACUGAACGCAUUGAGAUGACAGAGUGGUUUAAUUCAAGGAUCAAGGAUGAGGAAAUUUUGAUUCGCUUGAAAAAUUGA